AUGGCCAGAUUUGCAGCGCUAGACCCGCGCUACCCAGCCCUUCUGGCGCGGGCAGAGGCCACAGCAACAGUGGUGACGAACGCGUCCCUGGAGCCAUGGGAGGCCAGUCUGUCGUCACAGCUGUGCUACGUGAUGGUAAUGCUCUUCCGCAAUGCUGCUCAGGACAAGAUGUCUACCGUUCCUCCCGGGGAGGGUCUGGAGGCGCGGCGGCAAGCCAUCCUCGACUGGGGCCCGAAGGUCCGGACGAGGAAGGUGGGGUUGCUCAUCAAGAUGAUCCUCACUGCAAAAUUCUCUGGGGACAUCGCGCAGUCUCUCGACCAGCUCGAGCAUCUGGUUCGCGAGUGCGAAGGACAGGCGGGGCAACCUUUCGAUGGGGACCUCAAGAUUGGCAUUGUGAUUGUCAACAUGGUAGACGCGACCGUCCAGCAGCACUUGGUAAAGAACUCCGCCAGACUGGAGACGUGGAUGGCCAUGAAGGAGGAACUCCUUGACAUGGCUAGAACAGAGCAGUACCUGAACUCUCAACCGAAGCCGGACCGUGACGAGGUCAGUCAUGGCUUCCUGUUGCCGAUGCUUCCCGCGUUGGAGACAGACCGCCUGGCGGCGCUCCAGGGGCCGAAAAGGGUGAUGGUGGACGCCGGAGCGGGAGCGUCCGUGUGCCCCACGCCCUUCGACGCUGCCGCCGCGGCAGACGCGUCUGUGAUGCCUGCGACGCUUGCGACAGCCACAGGAGAGGAGGUCCGCCUACGAGACGGCAGGCGGUCCCACCUGCAAGCCGCCGACGGCGCGGGGGUCGCGUUGAGGUGCAGCUCAAGUGAACAGGUGACAGUGCCUGCGGUGUCUGCAUUGGACGCCUGCAGCGCAGGGAACUGGUUGGUUUUCGGCCCCGGGGUUCAGAAGGUCAUCUCGUCGCGAGAUGCCCGAGGCUUGCGCCGGGCAGCGCGGGCGACGCCUGGCCUAGACACGGGCAGAGGCAGAGGCGUGUGCUGGCUGGAGCUCUGGGACGAGCAGCCGGCAGGAGAAACGCGACCUCUCUGCCCAGCGAAAGCUGCAAAGAAGGUGCUCACACCGCCAAAGAUUCCACUUACAGUCACGCAGGCUGAGUGGGACUCCCAUCAGCUCACACACCUGCCAUUUAGGUCGCGGUGCGACCACUGCGCGUCAGGGAAGGCCACGGAGGGCCCCCACGCGCAGCAGGAACCAGAGGCUGAGGGAGCAGUGCCCAAGAUCUGCGUUGAUUAUCUUUUCUUAACGUCCAAAACAGACGAGCAGGAGAUGCACGCAGUGCUGAACGUCUUGGACGCUAAGUCCGGAGGGCCGUUUCCAGGCAUGGUGAACCAGAAGGGCGAAGACGACUACGCUCUAGCACUGAUGAGCGAAGCUGUGCACUUCUGCGGGCGCACGAAUAUGUUGCUGCUUUCUGAUGGCGAGAGGCCAAUCAAUCGUCUGAUCGAUGUUUUCAUCGAGACGCGCAGCAGCAAACAUAGCGCGUCAAAGCGAAACACGCCGAAGGAAUCCUCACAGAGCGCUGGUCUCAUCGAGCGUAGUAACUACGAGGACUAUUUCGGCGAGAUAGUGGAGUUUGGUGAGUGCGUGCACCACAAGUCACCGCUAUCCUCCGCGGGGAAGGCAGACGACAGGUGGCAUCUCGGGGUCUGGCUCGGGAAGAGCAUGAGAGCAGACGAACAUCUUGUUGGCGCGUCCAGAGGUGUGCUCACGCGCAGGAGCAUCUGGCGCAGGCCCGAGCAGCAACGCUGGAACAAGCAGCUCUUAGACGCUUUCGUCGGAUCGCCGUGGGAACCAGUGCCGCCGGCUGCCCGGGAGUUGCCGGAAGGGCCGCCGAAGCCUCGAGAUGUGUAUAUCACCCAGCGGCCCCUACACCAGCACCGCCCGCACCACUGCGAGCACCAGAGGACCCAGGGAGGCCCGGAGGUGCAGCGGGAGUGGCUCAGGAGCCACACCCAGCAGCAGGAGCUGCCAAGGCCUCCCGUGGAAGCCCCAGACCACGAAAUGGGCGAAGAAGACGACGGACCAAGCGAGAAACGGUCGAGAACGAUCGCUGGACUGCCAACGCUGCACGAGCCCGGCCUCGUAGUGGCAGCCGCGGGCACAGCAGUUGCCUACCUCUGUUCAUCCAUGGUGGGGAGGGAUCCAGAAGUGGCCCCGAUCAACGUGGAUUGGAGCAAGGAGUACUUCUCCACGAAGGCCGGCGUGCGCGAAGGCAAGAUCAAGGAGAUGAGGAACAUCGACGCUUGCGAAGUGAAGCAAGAUAUUCCUUGGUCGGAAGCCCGGAAGCAAAGGUUGAACAUCGUCAACGCCAAGUGGGUUCUUGAACCGAAGCCUUCGGGUGCGGGCUCGGCAGCAGCGCGCGCGCGCCUCGCUGCAACAGAGGUGAACACGUGCGUUCGAGAGGACGUGACGCAAUCCACGCCACCAGUAAAGGUAUUUAGGAUCAUCGCAAGCCUCGCUGCGUCCAAGCAGCGCUCAGACGGCACUUGGGCAAGUUACGGCGUUUCUGUUGCAUUCUUUCACGCGGAGUCGACGGGGAAGACAGCAGUCACCCCGCCGGCAGACGUAGGAAAGGAAGGUUUUGUGUGGUUGCUGCGAAAGGCCAUGCAUGGCACCCGGGAGGCGAGCAAGCAGUUUGGCACUUACGUGAUCAAAGCUCUUACGGAGGAUGGUUUCGUCAUGAUCAUGGUUGUGCCGAUGGUGUUCGUACAUUGCGAGUUGGACGUCAGUCUCGGAUGUCGCGGUGGCGACUUUCAGGCAGAGGCAGAGAAGGAGGCGUUAGACGAGCUUGACAAGAUCAUGCAACGCCAUUUUGAGGUCAUGAUCCCCCCUCGUAUCGGACCGCCAGAGCGUGGAGGACAAGCCGCGGAGCUGAAGCACUUCGAGCGAACGAUCCGGUGGACUAGUUGUGGAUUCGAGUGGGAGGGUUACUUGGAACGCAUCACCAGUCUGAUGGAGUUGCAAGGUCUACAGCCUGGAUCGCCCCGGGGCAUGACCACGCCCUCGUGGAAAGUCACCGGGAAAGGUGACCGAGACAUCGCAGAACCUCUUGGCACGGGGCCGGCGCAGGUCUUCAGGACAGCGGCUCGUGCCCUGCAGUACCUGGCAGAGGAUGUCCCGAGUGUCAAGUUCACUACGAGCACGGUCGUGGAGGGGAUGACGACGCCUACGAAGAUGCACGCGUUGCGUCUGCACCGGUGCGUUCGCUACCUCCUUGAUCAUCCCAGCGAGAUCUGGAUCUUCGCGCACCAGAAGAUGCCGACGCAUCUGACUGAGCAUUGCGAUUCUGAUUGGGCCGCCGACAAAGAGACGAGGAAGAGCAUGUCAUGUGUAGAUGAACGUCUUGGAGAGCACUUGAUCGACAUGAGCGUGUCUAAACAGUCACUGCUUGCGCUGAGCUCUGGGGAGGCAGAGUCUUAUGCCAUCGUCAGAGGCGCGGCGAUGGGUGUCCAGACGACGCAGAUCAUCGAGGCGAUGACGCGUAUGCCGUGCAAGUUGGCAGGGGAGUUCCCCUAUGGCUGA